AUGGCCCAAGCUGAUAGAAAAGCUGUUGUGAAAAAUGCUGAUAUGUCUGAGGAAAUGUAACAAGAUGCCAUUGAUUGUGCUAAUCAAGCAUUAGAGAAAUUCAAUAUCGAGAAAGAUAUUGCUGCAUUCAUCAAGAAAGAGUUUGACAAGAAAUAUAAUCCAACUUGGCAUUGUAUUGUGGGCAGAAACUUCGGAUCUUAUGUUACACAUGAAACCAAGCAUUUCAUCUAUUUCUAUAUGGGAUAGGUAGCAAUUCUUUUGUUCAAGAGCGGAUGA